AUGGAUGCCGCAGGCCACAACCAGACCAGCGAGUUCACGUGGCUGAGUGUACCUAAGAAUCCCUCAGCGGUCUUGAGAAGUCUGAAGCUCCUGAUCCCGCCAGAUGGUGCCCGAGGGCUUACGCAAUUGUUCUACCCGACGAUUGCGGCUGCUACCAUUCUGAGGGAGACAUAUUCGUCUUUGGAACGUAAGAAGGCUAAGAUGGCUAUGAUGGGAGUCAGCAACUGGUACGACAGUGCCCGGCCCCAGAAGUCGGUGAUGGAGACGUCGAAGCCGGCGUUCAAUUUGGCGCCCACCUGCUCCGAAAGUGCUCCAAAAUACUCUUCUGCGCUCGAACCACCGAGCAUAUGGUACGGCACCGGCUAUGCGCUAUCUUAUUCAGGGCCCGUCGGAGCACUCAUCUGCUUCCUCAUCGUCGGCAUCGACGUCUUCUUCGUGAUGCAGUCGCUCGGUGAGAUGUGCACCAUGUACCCGACGCCGGGGGCCUUCACCGAGAUGGCGGGCCGCUUCCUGGACCCGGCGUUUGCCUUCGCGCUGGGAUGGAACUACUUUUACCUGUGGAUCUCCAACCUCUCCAACGAGUACAACGGACUCAGCAUCGUGCUCGGGCUCUGGAACCAAGCGCACGUCCCGUCGUACGGGUGGAUCCUGCUCGGCUGGGCCUUCUUCCAGUGCACGGCGCUGCUGCCCGUCACGGCGUACGGCGAGAUGGAGUUCUGGUUCGCGUCGUGGAAGGUGCUGUGCGUGCUGGGCGGCUUCGUGGUGGCCAUCCUGCUCAACACGGGCGCCAUCAGUGACGGCUCGGGCUACAUUGGCUUCCGCUACUGGCGCGACCCGGGCCCCUUUGCGCACGGCAUCGGCGGCUUCGCGCGCACGCUCGUGCUGGCGGCCGUGUACUACUGCGGGACGGAAAUGGUGGCGGUGACGGCGGGCGAGAGCAGAGCCCCCAAGCGCGACCUGCCCGCCGCCAUCCGCCAGUCGUUCGCGCGCAUCUUCGUCGUCUUCCUCGGCAUGGUCUUCUUCGCGUCGCUCAUCUGCCCGGCCGACGACCCGUCCUUCCUGACGGCCGAGUCCAAGUCGGGCCUCUCGCCGUGGACCAUCGCCCUCGUGCGCGCGGGCUGGGCGGGCGCCGGCAACCUGGUCAACGUCGUCAUCCUGACGGCGAACCUGUCGGCCAUCAACAGCAGCAUCUACAUCGCCUCGCGCACCCUGCUGUCGCUCGCGAAGCUGGGCCGCGCCCCGGCCUUCUUCGCCGCCACGACGCCGAGGGGCGUGCCCGUCCGCGCUGUCGUGUUUUCGAACACGCUGGGCUUGAUCUCGUUGAUGAACGUCGGCACCAAGGCCGGCCAGGUCUUCUCGUACCUGGUCACCAUCUCCGGUGCUGCCACCUUCGUCGCCUGGGCUGCCAUCGGCGUCAUGCACCUGCGCUUCCGCCGCGCCUGGCUGAGGCAGGGCCGCGCCGUCGAGGACUUGCCGUUCCGCGCGCUGUGGUAUCCGUGGGGCGCCGUGUUCGUGGCUGUGAUUAAUGUGUUUUUCGUGCUGAUUCAGGGCUAUCAGACCCUGAGCCCCUUCAAGGCAGCCGACUUUGUCGUGGCAUAUGUGGUGAUUGUGGUUUUCGUGGUACUGGCUGCAGGGUGGAAGGUUGGCAAGGGGACGAGGUGGGUGAGGUUGGAGGAGAUGGAUCUGGUUAGUGGGACGAGGGAAGAUUUGCCGGGGAUGAGUAAUGUCGAGGAAAAGAAGGCUGGGUUGCUGCUCAAGACGAGGAGGUUUUUCUUUGCGUAA